CAGGGGGUCACUGAGAGGGUCCAGUCACUGUCGGUGCUAAUCUCUCCGGGCUGUUAUUAUUGACCCCACACAAAAGCGUACAGUCCGACAAAAGAGGGGAGAGCGAGCCUGCGUCCGGGCCGCUGGCGCGUACUCAUGGUGCUUCCAUACAGUUAGGGCGUCACUUAGUUUGGCCUGGGAACUCUAUUGUGGACUACACGCUGUGAUACUUCUCUCUACCCUCCGCUUGAAGGGAGGGUGUGCGCUGUGCAGAAAUGUCUAUGGUCUGCCUGACUGACUUUGAAGAGUACGCUAAGGAGCAUCUCUCCAAAGCCACCUGGGACUACUAUGCAGCUGGAGCGGAUGAGUGCUGCACCAGAGACGACAACCUGCUGGCGUACAAACGAAUUCGGCUGCGGCCGCGGAUCCUACGGGAUGUGUCCAUCAGCGACACCAGAACCACAGUGCAGGGCACGGAGAUCAGCUUCCCCGUGGGCAUCGCGCCCACCGCCUUCCACUGCCUCGCCUGGCACGAGGGCGAGAUGGCCACCGCAAGAGCCACAGAGGCAAUAAACACCUGUUACAUCACUAGCACCUACUCCACAUGCUCAGUGGAGGAGAUCGUCGCCGCGGCGCCCAACGGCUACCGCUGGUUCCAGCUGUACGUGUACCGUAACCGCAAGGUGUCAGAGCAGAUUGUGCACCGCGUGGAGGCGCUGGGCUACAAGGCCCUGGUGCUGACCGUGGACGUGCCGUACACAGGGAAAAGAAGGAACGACAUCCGAAACCAGUUCAAACUCCCGCCGCACCUCAAGGUCAAGAACUUUGAUGGAGUCUUCGAGGUAACGGAGAAUGCAGGCCCAGAGGAGUACGGAAUCCCUGCCAACACCCUGGACCCUUCCAUCAGCUGGAAGGACGUCUAUUGGUUGCAGUCUCUUACUCGUCUGCCAAUCAUCAUAAAGGGCAUCUUGACCAAGGAGGACGCAGAGCUGGCAGUGGAGCACGGAGUGCAGGGCAUUAUUGUGUCCAAUCACGGGGGCCGGCAGCUGGAUGGGGGGCCUGCCACGAUAGAUGCUCUCUCUGAGAUUGUGGACACAGUUCAAGGCAGGAUCGAGGUCUACCUAGACGGGGGGAUCCGAACGGGGAGCGAUGUGCUGAAGGCCGUGGCCCUUGGAGCCAAGUGCGUUUUCAUUGGCAGGCCAGCAGUGUGGGGCCUGGCCUACAAGGGUGAGGAGGGGGUCAGAGAGGUACUGCAGAUACUCAAUGAUGAAUUCCGUUUGUCCAUGGCGCUCGCUGGUUGCAGGAACGUUGCUGAGAUUAACAGGAACCUCAUUCAAUUCUCCAAGCUUUGACCUGACAGAAGAGCUCUGAACUACAGAACAUAUUUUGACCACCACUGCUACACUGUUCAUAUACUGCAGUACACAACGUCUGCUGCACGCCACAGGAUGGUUAAGAUAACUAACAGUCUCGGAUGAUGCAGAUAUCUCACACUUUGAGAAAGACGCUGAUUUUAGGUCCAUAACAGAACUAAUCAAAUCUGUAUCUAUUCAUAGGCAAGAGAUGGAUACUCCUCUUAUGGUGAGAUCAUAAAUAUUCAAGUACUUGAUUGGUUGCAGCAUUCCAUCUGAUGUGCAUUCAGUUCCCCAAUCCAUCAUAGUGUCCUGAAAAUGAUCGUUAGGAAUCAGCAGAUUAUAGCAUAGGCAUACACUCCUAUAUGAAUUUGAACAAGGAAUUUCAAAUUCAUCUCCCAAAGUGGCCAAUCCCAGAUCCAGCACCCAUUCAUACCCUUACUCUCAAUGGUAGCCAGUCUAGUUAUUCUAUAUCUGUGGGUGAGACAGAGUAAAGACCUGUCAAAGACAGAAGUGGAUAUAGAGGCUGAGAGAGUGACUAAUGUAAGUGGUUUGAAGGUGCUUUAGCAGUAAUGUAGGUCAGCCAGCCAGUAACGCAUCUUGAUCAAGUCAGAGGGUAAAAAACAUAAGCAUUCAGGGUGUUUUUGCAGAAAGGUAGGUGAGCCAGUCUUGAUCUUGAGCAAGUCAGAAGGGUGAAAAAAAAGUAACAAACCAAGGUUCUUUAGCAGCAAGGUAGGUGAGCCAGUCUUUGCAAUCUUGAGCAAGUCAGAGGGCAGGAAACAAAAUGCAACAACUUUUUCUUAAUUGUGAUGGGAACCACUGUGAUGUAGAAAAGACUGGUGUGGGAAUGGAUCCUCUGCAGCUUGACCCAAAAGCUGCACAAAACACUGGAUUGGAAUGAUACAAUGAUGUAAUAUUGUAAUCAUUUAAUGAUGGCGAUUGAAAUGGCAGUUGCUUAUCCUCUGAAUCAAACUUUGAUCUCAUCAGCCGCAUCAGACACAAUCAUGACAAAAUCAAAUCAGAAUUCAGCUGCAUGAAUAAAAUGCUUUCCACAUGAA